AUGUUCGGGAUGGAGGUAUUCUGCACAUUUCCAAGCAACUAUGUGGAAGCUCAGAAACAUGGAAAUGAGAGAAGGAUCACAAUAGGAGAUUUUAAUUCUCAAGCACGACGGGGACGAAACCCUCCGGACAGGGAAACGUACGAAACCCUCUGGACGAGGAAACGUACAUUGGAAAAUGGACGAAUCAAAUGGAGAUACACAGCAGCUUCUAAGACGGGCCAAUCAUGUAGCAACAUCCAGCUACUGAAUGAAGACGAAGCAAGCCUAAACCAAUUGGGCAACGACACCAGCUGCUAUGGAGGAGAGAGGGCGUGGAUAAACUCCAAGAAUACCUAA